AUGGUGGAUGACAUUGACUUGAACCGCCUUGGGUUUCAAGGUCCUCGAUCGAGGUGGGCAAACAAAGUUGAACCAGUUUGGUUCAUAUUAGUUUACUUUGAGUUCCAGCUCCAUCAUGCUGUUUCUCUUUAUAAACAAGCAAUUAAAAGCUAUGAAUUACAUCUCCAAUGGUUCUGGUUUGACCCAAUCUUCCCAAACAACAAACCGACGGGGACAUACGUUGGAUACCCGGGUGAGUUUUGGUUUGACCCGUUGGAUUGGGGAUCUGAUAGCCCGACUAAGAUCAAGGAGCUGAGGACUAAGGAGAUAAAGAAUGGAAGGUUGGCUAUGUUGGAAGUGAUGGGUGCUUGGUUCCAACACAUAUACACUGGGACUUGUCCUAUUGAUAAACUUUUUGCACAUCUUGCUGAUCCUGGCCACACCACUAUCUUCGCUGCUUUCACACCCAAGUGAGACGUCAAAAACGUCAAAAAAGGAUGGG